AUGAAAUUGGUGCCAUGCUUGUACUUCUUCAUCAAUGACGACAUGCGCUGGAAUCUGUUCGACCUCAGCUUGGUCUGCCUGUCCUUGGUGGAAGUCACCUCCUCGUUCAUCUUGUUGUCCAAGGGAGCAUCCCGUGAGGGGAUGAACUUGACCUUCCUUCGUCUACUGCGCCUUUGCAAGAUUGCCAAGGUACUCCGCGUCCUUCGUACCUUGCGCUUCUUCCGUGAGCUGCGAUUGAUGCUGGACUGUGUCCUUGGAUCAGUCAUCAACGCCAUAUGGUGUGUUGCAAUGCUCUUCUUCGUGAUAUUCAUUUUUGCACUUCUGAUGGUGCAGGGCCUGGCCGACUACCUGGGACAGUACUCGCGCGAAUUUGGGCCGGAGAGUCUGAAUGAGGACUUCGUAGGCGACAUCAUGCUCUGGUAUGGCUCAGUUAGCCGAACGAUUCUGACCCUGUUUCAGUCCACCACAUCUGGCAUAGACUGGCGUGACUGCUACCUUCCGCUUGAACAGAGUUCCGAGCUGGUUGCGGGCAUGUUCCUGGUGUUCGUUGGCCUCUUCACAAUCUCUGUUUGGAACAUUGUCACAUCGACGUUCGUGGAGAAAGCACUGAAGCUGGCCCAGCCAGACCUGGAGUCUUUGGUGAUGGAGCACCACUUGAAGGACGUCCAGGAUGCCCAGGCACUGAUCGACCUCUUCUGCAGCAGGGGAUGGGGAUUCUGUGCCGAGGCCGACUGGGCUGUUCUGAAACGCCUUGCCCUCGAUGUUCUCAAACUGGGUGCCACAAGGGCUGAGAGUUUAAGAGAGCACGUUCUAGCUCAACCCGACACCUGCUACUGA